AUGAGAUUGAAGACAAACUUGGUAAACCCAAUAGAAUUGGAAAACUUGAAGACUUUUGACAAAUGGUUACUUGAUAUUGGAGAAGGAAGGGACGUCGUAGAAGAUGAGAGUUACAUCCAAAUACUUGAAGACUUGAAAAUCGAUGAACAUACUAGUCACGAAGAAGCAAUUAUGAAUGCUGUUUUUCCAGAUUUAUCUACUCAGAUUAAUAAUAUUGACUACAUGAGAGAGAGAGAGCGAGCGAGAGCAAUAUUGACACCCAAAAAUGAGACAAUACAUAGAUUGAAUGACUAUAUCACCCAGAGUCUGCCAACAGAUGGAAAGACAUAUUUCAGCUUAGAUUGCACUUGCAAAGCAGCAGGUAUCUCAAACGAUGAUGAAAUUCUCUAUCCGACCGAAUUUCUUAAUUCUAUGAUGUGCUCCGACAUGCCUAAACAUGAAUUGCAUAUGAAAAUUGGCAUUCCGAUUAUGUUGCUGCGUAAUUUGAAUCAAUAUGAUGGUCUUUGCAAUGGAAACAAAUUGAUUAUAACCCAUUUAGAAAAGUGGUCCAUACAAGCAGUGAUUAUUACUGGGUCAAAUAUUAGGGAUAUUAUUACAAUUCCCAGAAUAAUAAUGUCGAAAGCAGAUAUGAAGUGGCCUUUUAGGUUGAGGAGAAGACAGUUACCUAUGACAGUUAGCUUUUGUAUGACAAUAAACAAAAGCCAAGGUCAAUCACUCAAAACAGUUGGAUUGUAUAUGAAACAUCAGGUCUUUACACAUGGUCAAUUAUACGUCGCACAAUCAAGAGUAACCUCAAGACAAGGUAUCAAGAUUUUGCUAGCCUUGCAACAAGAUGAACCGACAGAGACAUUGACAAAUAUUGUUUUCAAAGAAGUGUUCAACUGA